AUGUCGACUACUGUAUUCAAUAAAAUUUUGGACUUUAUGAAAGAUGGACCAGUAAAGCAUAUUACAGCAGGGUCGGUAAUUUAUAAAGGCACAGAAGAAGACCAAACAAUAUCAAAAGAUGAACUCUUAAAGUUGACGAUUAACGCAAUUCGGGCCGAUGUUUGGAUGAAUCCAGCAUUUGGACCGGAACUUAUGAAAACACAAAGUGAGGGAACGUAUGUAACAGAUGUAAUAAUCCCUUCGAUUCGGGCAUCGUUGAAAGGGCUACCAUAUAGGCAAUCUGCAUUUAUCAGCACCACGUUUAAAGGUUCCCCAAUUACCGGACGAACCGAAAAAUGUAUUCUAAUAGCCCAGAUACUUCUUAAUGAGGAACCCGUAGUUGAAUAUCGUCCAUCUUUUAUGGAAGGAUUAGAACUUGAUGCCUUCUUCCGAAGUAAUCGAAUUGCAUUAGAGGUGCAAGGAGCUCAGCAUCGGCUCCAUAACACUAGCUGGUAUAAAGAUGUCAAAAAACUCGAGGAUAUUGUUAACCGUGAUCAAAAGAAAAGAACCCUUUGUCAACUUAAUGGGAUUUAUCUUCUUGAAGUAUGGUAUGAUGAAAAUCCAGAAGUCACUAUUCCUAAGAAAAUAUAUAAAUUUAGAGAGUUUAUUGAUAGAAAAAUCUUUAAUCUUGAUUAA